AUGUCAGCUGCUAACUGGACUCUGCUCCACCCCUCCACCUUCAUCCUUCUUGGGAUCCCGGGACUGCAAGCCUUCCAUGUCUGGAUUUCCAUCCCCUUCUGCUCCAUCUACAUCCUCUCCCUUCUGGGGAACUGCCUCCUCUUGGCAGUCAUCAAGAAGGAGCCCAGCCUCCAUGAGCCCAUGUACUUGUUCCUCUGCAUGCUGGCAGUGGCAGAUCUUGUGGUCUCGACUACCACCUUACCGAAAAUCCUGGCUAUAUUCUGGCUUCAGGACAGAGGCAUCCACACCAGUGCCUGCCUGGCCCAGGUGUUCCUGAUCCAUUCCUUCUCCACCAUGGAGUCGGGCUUCUUCGCUGCCAUGGCCUUCGACCGUUACGUGGCAAUAUGCAACCCGCUGAGACACUCCGCCAUCUUGACCAAAACCGUUGUGAUCAAGAUUGGGCUGGCUGUUUUGAUUCGGGGGGCUGUGCUCCUGCUGCCCCACCCUUUCCUGCUGAAGUGGCUCCCGUACUGCAGGGGAAAUGUCAUCUCCCACACCUACUGUGAGUUCAUGGCGCUGGUGAAACUGACCUGUGCAGAUACCCGUGCCCCCAGAGCAUGCAGCUUGACUGUUGCCUUCCUGACUGGGGGCUGGAUUUCACCUUCAUCAUCCUGUCCUACACCCUGA